AUGCAUGAGCCGACCAUUGCUCCAGUCUUCGCGAUUUUGUAUCCAAUUCUUGCCAUCGUUGGUGUCCCUGCUAACUUGUUGGUCAUUAUAAUCCUGUCCAGAGGACAGUGUGGACUGUCACAAUGCAUCACCUACUACCUGGUGGCGAUUGCGGUGGCCGAUGUUCUGUUUAUUAUCACAGGAUGCGUUCUCAACCGGAUUGUCCGAAAAUACUUUAUAAACAGUGUCCUGUCAACCACUCCUGGCUGCAGCCUCAGCACCGUGCUGGUCUAUGCCACUCAAGAUAGCUCGGUCUGGUUGACUGUGGCCUUCACUUUCGACCGUUUUGUGGCCAUAUGCUCACAGAGAAUGAAGAACAGAUACUGCACAGAGAAAACUGCCACAAUGGUCGUCGGAAUAGUCUGUGCCCUGAGUUGUAUCACGAACGUGCCUUUAUACUUCGUGUACAAACCCCUGUUUACCAUGGACAGUGUUCCCUGGUUCUGUGCUGUUCAGGACACCUUCUACACAUCGUCAAUUUGGAAAGCAUACCACUGGCUGGAUCAGAUCCUAACGCCAUUUCUUCCAUUUUUUCUAAUUCUUUUGUUCAACAUCCUGACUAUAAGACACAUCAAAGUGGCCAGCAGAGCCCGCAAGAGGCUCUGCAGUACUCGGCUUGGUGAAGAUACUGAGUUAGCCAGUCGCAAGCGGUCCAUUGUCCUACUCUUCGCCAUUUCGCUGAGCUUCCUCCUCCUAUGGGCCACCUAUGUUGGACAUUUCCUCUACGUGCGGGUUACAGGAGAGCGCUACAUCACAAGCAUGGAUUUCAAUGACCCAGAAUACAUCUUUCAAGAGAUGACCAACUUGCUACAGCUACUCAGUUCCUGCAACAACGUUUUCAUUUAUGUGGUUUCCCAGAAUAAAUUUCAAGAGGAGACGAAGAAACUGCUGUUGAGUCCCAUAAAAAUGUUUGCUGUUUUCUUUAAAGUGUACCAUCAAUAA